AUGAACGCUUUAGCAAUCGUCUCCAGUCUGUUGCUUCUCAGUGUCGUCUUGCUAAAUUGUCAUUCCAUUAUUGCAACAGGUAAGAAAGUAUAAUAAUUCUUAUUACUAGCUUUGAGCGGAAGGAAUUUUACAGUAAGCUGCAAGUCUUGAAAAACUCACGAGUGCAUGGGUUGAUUUAUUUUAUUAAGUUAUACAUUCAUUAUAUACCAUUACACACAUAUGAACUGCACUUUUCGGGAGACGGAGGUUUUGGCUUUUUGCUCUGACUGGUGGAAACCAAUCUGAUGUCGGUUGUACAUGUCACUAUACGUACGCAGCUGACUGACUAUAGCUGUUCAUAUCAUGCAGAAAACAAUUUAUAAUUAAACUCUUGUUAAAGAUUCUGAAGUCUGAACCAUUUUUUCCCGGCCAGCUCCCUGCAGUGGAAACACAUUGCAAUUACAGGUGUACUUUAAUCUCUUUGUAUAUUAUUUUUUCUUAACUAUAUAGUUAAGCAAAUUACUUCAAGACCUUAUAUUAACGUAAUAUAGACUGCUCCAUGCUUAAACUUGCUGGGAAACAUUUUCAUGUUCUAUCCACACCAUUCAUCAAAGAUGGAAACCACAUGUAAUAUAGAUUAAAGUGCCAAAUUGCUGAGCCGAACACGAAAACCAGGAAAAACCCUUCGGGAAACGUUCGGAACGUGUUCUCCGUCCCAUGCUGCAGCGACGCUUCUGGAGGUUCAAGCAAACACUUUCCUUAUCAUCUUGUUCAUCUGAUAUUCUUUCAAUGUUGCUUAAUUCUUCUUACUGCAAUAUGAAACCAUGCAAUAUUAAACACGGGCGAACUUUUAAGCUAUUCUUAAUCAAACCUAUUACUCUAAUCCUAAUAUCCCAACUCUUUCCUGAGUUUCCUCAACUUAAAAUUCUUAUGCCAAUUUUAACCAAAUACUACAGAAAUGUGCGUAUAUAUAUAGUUAUUAUGACGUCUUUUGGAACAUACAUGUAUAUUCUCCUACAAAAAUAGCCAAUAUAGUUACUAGCUUACAUGAUUUGUGUCGUACGAUACUUUUGUAAUUACUUAUGUUGUUGUAAUUUUGACUGUAUGUUAUUUUGUUGUUGCAUGCAUGUUAUUGAAGUUGUUGAUGAUAUUGUUGGUGGUGUACUUAGUGUUGGUGGUGGGUGUUACUGGACUGCCUUCUUCCCUCAAAACUGGUCUGUAAGCUAGGCAAAGAUUCCCGCCGAAUUAUAAAAGCCUAUUUUGUCUGUAUAAUUGAGUGACGGACUGACGGUUAUGUGCACGUAGUAAAACAGUAGUAAAAUGUGUCUGUAUAAUCGAGGCACAACCUGUAAAUGACUGAAAUAGUAAUUGCUCAACAGUGACAUACUGAUUAAGGCGCGCGUAUGGAUUGAUGGAGAAAUUCCAUAAAUGGGACUGAUGAACUGAUGGAUAUAGAUUGAGUAGGGGGAUUUGUUUAUAAAGCUGUAAUAUUCCCAGAUAUAAGAUUAUAAUGAAUACAUGAAAAUGAGGCUUGUUAAUGAUAGAGGACCCCUUAUCAAUUGAUAUUGGAGCCUAUAGUCGGCUAUAAAACACACUGUUUGUUCGAAGAGACUCUAGAAUAUUAGGUAAGUGAUUAAGUGAGUAAUUACCCGUCUUUUAUAGUUUUUAGGCCCUUGACCCCUGCGUGUGCGGAAUAAAAUUCGUAACUAUGGUGGAAGAAUGUCCAUUCCGAGAGGGAAGUUUUCAACUGAAUGUUCAAAAUAUAAACUCGGAGUUCGCUUGAGUUUAAGGUUAAUGUUAUGGUUAGGAUGCAUAGGGUUAGGUGUAUAUAUAGGGUAAGAUUUAGGAUUGUUGUUAUAAGGUCGUUGGGUUUUAACGAUCUUGAAAAAUAGUCGCAAUCUUGAAAACCUCAUCAUGAAUGCCUCUUAUCCAUCCUCUUCAGCAACGACCAUGAUGGUGAUGAUGCUUCCGCAGACCGUAAAUGAAUUCCCUAAUCUCUAAGGUUAGAAAAACCAUGCGGACGAGGUAGAGUCUGGAACAACAGUCUUUCAACACUACUUAUAUUUUUUAAUGUUUCUUUCUUUGAAUAUUCUAUUUUUUCCAAUCUAUUGUAUAUACACACACGCUAGUGAUUACAGUAACUCAAAAUUAUAUAUACACUUUUACAAAACAUGAUAUAACAAUUAACAUAAUUAUGGAUGAUGAGUAAAUUAUCAAUUACAUAUAGCUAUUAUCCCGUAUUAAAUUUAAUAGUAUAAGAAAGAUAUGAAGAAUUAUACAAAUCAUUACGUAUACUAGUACUUUUAGUGUAAUUUGGUUUGUGAAGUGUCAGAUUAGGUAAGGAUUAGGGUCUCUAAUCCUAAUCCUUACCCAUUCCUAACCCUAAAUAGCUAACUCUUAACCCAACUCUAACCAUAGACUGAGAUUAUAAAAGAACAAAGUGGGUGUUAUCAUGUGGCUUCAAUUCAAGUACCUUCAAAUAUUUAAUCCUGGUUCACUUUAAAACAUUUCUACCGUUCCGAAACUUGUUUUGUAAGCCCAGGUAUUGUUAAUUUUGAGCGUUUAGUCUGUGCUUGAACUAUGCUAAAACUGGAAAAAAUCGAUGUUUUCAGAGUAUUAUUGUCGUCGCUGUACCAUCCGGUAGCGAGAUUUUAUACAUCCGGGCAACGAGAUUUUAGCUAAUCAGAUAGCGUAAUGUGCUCUCAUUAGGAAGCUUCAAUUUGUCCCUCGAUCUUUCCCGCAAUGCCCACUGUAUUCUUAGUAUAAUCUCUAUGACUCGACCAUUCAAUCAGAAAUUAUGACUCUUAAAAAUACCGCUAAAAUUAGCAAAGAAGAUUGACUAGCCUCGUUUUGAUGCUUUCUGCACAUUUCAAGCGGCUGUAAUUUUGCAUGCAUGGAUUGUUUCAACCGUUACGCUCUCACACUUCGCUUUAAAACUGUUUAUUAAAUAUACAAUAAUGCAAAAUUAUGGCGGCUAGUACGUUUUCGCGAAUUGGUCAAUAGAGAAGAAUGAGCAGCGCUAGCGGUCCAAGAAUAGAACCCUGCGGAACUCCCGUUUUGAUAGUCAUCUUCCUCGAUUGUCUAUAUUUAACAAUUUCCUCUUGUAAUUAAUAUUAGAACCAUUUCAAGGUUAACCCUCGUAUCCCAUAGUGUUCAAGUGUUCUUUAUAAGAAUUUCAUGAUUGACAUGCAGUGCCAAAAGCCUAUAUCUAGAACAAGGAAAAUGCCAACAGUAUAUUCAAGGACGUAGCGAAGACUUUGUUGUUGGGCGGGGUGUAUGGGAGUAAGGGUUCAAUUAAAUUACCUGAUAUACUGCAUAUUUCCUUCAUCUAUUACUUUGGAGAUUUCGUCAGUUAGUUCUAAUAUUGUAUGCUUGGUUGACUUUUUUUCCCGAAACCAUAUUGAUGUUUUAAUUUGUUUUAAUAAGAUUUGAUUCUCUCAAUAAACUUAAUUGGUCUGUUGUUAGUUUAGAAAUACAUGUUAAAACAGAUAUUGGUCUAUAGUUUUUAAACUCUGACUUUUCGUUUACUUUGAAAAUGGGAGUAACCAUGCAGGUAUACUAACUUAUGUAAACUUUUUCGUAACUUAUAGGUAUACUCCCGGUAUACUAGCUAUACAAAAAAUGCGUUAUAGCUAUCAACCAUAGCGAAGAACAUAGUUGUUGAUUUUAAUGCCUUUCAAGGUUUACACGGCACGUCCAGUGGUGUAGAACUGAAAUGAUAAUUAGCGGGGCUCUCAAAGGGGGCAGGGGGAUAAGAUGUACGUUCCACAGAGGAUUGCGGGCUCUGGUUUCGAGAUUGGUGUCACACCCUGACACCAGCCUCGUCCCAGGCGCUUUGGAAAGUUCCAGUGCUAUUUCAGAUUUCACAAAUGAUCUAAUGUUUGGAGUUAGUAGUUGAAAAUUCUAAAUUGGCUUUUAGCGCGCUCAAUGAAUGGCCGCCAUUUUGAAAUUUCAAUUAUUCUAUAUCUUUUUUGUGUGUGUUUUGAUGUUAUGUACUCAGGUGAAUAUAAUGUUUUUGAUGUUACUCUGAGUGUAUAUCCACACCGGGCAGGCUGAAAAGUUAGCCUGACCACGGUGGGAAUCGAACCCGCGACCUUUGGGAUACUAGUCCAAUGCUCUACCAACUGAGCUACGAGGCCAAGUCUGUUCGAGUGUGUGGUGUUUCGGAACUAAGUCUAGUACCUUCGAUACCAAUGUAUUCUAUGAUCAUGAUAUUUUUUUUGUGUUUUGAUGUUAUGUACUCAGGUGAAUAUAUUGUUUUUGAUGUUACUCUAGCUCUGAGUGUAUAUCCACACCGGGCAGGCUGAAAAGUGACACAUUAUAUUCACCUGAGUACAUAACAUCAAAACACACACAUUGGUAUCGAAGGUAGUAGACUUUAAUAGUUCCGAAAUACCACACACUCGAGCAGACUUGGCCUCGUAGCUUAGUUGGCAGAGCAUUGGACACUAAUCCCAAAGGUCGCGGGUUCGAUUCCAACCGUGGUCAGGUCGUCAACUUUUAAUUUCAGCCUGCCCGGUGUGGAUAUACACUCAGAGUAACAUCAAAAACAUUAUUUUAUUUAUCAUCGCUCCAUGAAAUGCUUGAAUCCACCAAUAUAUGCCAAUGCUAUUUGUGGAUCAGUGUUGUGUUUCCACCAUAAAAUCUGUUUUUCCACUAACAGAUUUCUAAUUGUCAGGUCUUAUAAAUAUAAUUGUUGCCGCUUCGAUUCAAUGUAAUAAACGCAUUAAUAUCACUGUACUAAUUAAGUAUUCUUCUGAUAAUGAUCACACUAAAAUAUUUACACUGUAAAGUCAUUAAUCAGUUUAAUCUAAUUCAAUGCUCGUCACUAAUUGGUUAAAUGGCUAUAGCACAUUAUCUAGCACAGUAGCACAGAAAAAGGAUAUUAUUGCUUUUGGAAGAAAAUAUGGUAUUUGGAAAAAGCAGGGGCGUAGGAACCGGGGUGCACGUGCCCCCCCCCCCCCAAUGCAUGACUUAGAAAAGUCUAUUUAUCAGCGUAGGUAUAAAGAUUGAUUAAUUGA